AUGGUUCCCAGUGACCAGAGGAUGCGUAACUUGUACGGUGGUGACGGCAAACGUGUAGCGAAGGGCAGCCGGACGCUGACGACGCAGCGAGUGACCGCGCCGCGGAGCGCCGCUGCGAGUUGGCUCGCCCGGGUGCUCGGGGUGCGGUGUUUGGCCAGAGCGGAGCGCCUGGCCGCGUCUCUUGGCGUCGCGUGGCUCGGCGCUGCCGCGGCCUUGGGCCACCGUGUAAUUACUCGGCCGCCGGGCCGCGCCGCGCCGCGCCGCGCCGCGCCCGUUUCGCAACACGCGAUGCGGUCCCGUCCCUCGCGCCACGCACACGCGCUGCGCUCUCUCCACGUCGCUACCUCAGCUGUUACCUGCACUCUGCCGUCGUACGUCUACGGAGGCCUCAGCAUGUGCGUCUGUCCGCAGCAGCAGAAGUUCCUGAAGCGGACGGCGGAGGAGCUGGAGGCGGGCGGCGGCGCCGGCGGGGGCGGCGGCGCGCCCGCUGCCGAGCCGCUCACCAAGUUCUCCGUCGAGAUCGUGCAGCAGCUCGAGUUUAGCGCCGGCCCGGGCACCGGCACCGGCAACAUCUCCACCAACGUCACCGUCAAGGCGGCCGCCGCCACAGUCAAGAGCACCGGCUCGGGGGCGCCCGGGGGCGGCGGUGGUGGCGGAGUCGCCGGUGGCGGGGGCGGGGGCGCGGCCCCGGGGGCGGACCCUGCGGGUGCCGCCACGACCGCGACGCCGUCGCCAAAGCCAGCGGCGCAGCCGCCUCCCGACCUCGGUGCGCUCGUGGAGUGCAAACAGGAGCAGAUGGACAGUGAGUUCGUGGACUUGGAGCAAUGCGCCGCCGCGCUGGAGAAGGACGCCAACGGCGGCGUCACCUUCCCCGGCCUGUCCGACCUCAUCGGCGACGACACCAGCGACGAGAUCAUCACCUCCGAUGCCUUCAACGACCUCAUCUCCGAGAUUUCCGACUUCCACUCGGAGUUUAUGAAGGAGUUCGAUUUCGACGACCGAGGCGGUAGCGGAGGCGGUGCAGGCGGCGGUGGGGGUGGCGGCGGUGCCGCUGGUGGUGAUGCGGGGGCGGGUCGCGAGGACGACAAGACGGGCGUGCUGACGGCGCCGCAGGCUCAGCAGCAGGUGUCGGGGCGGCUGGCGCCGUACACGCUGGACUUCAGCAAGGCGGAGCUGAGCCCGGCGGCGCAGACGCUGAAGCAGAUGGCGGAGCAGCACCAGCACAAGGCGCAGCUGGGCUUCGGCCGGCCCGCGCCCGGCGCCGCGCCGCCGCCGCCGCAGCGCUCGCCCUACGACUUCCCCUUCGGAUCGCCGGCCGGCGACUACGGGCCGGCCGGCGCUGGCGGCGCGCAGGUGAAACAGGAGCUGUUCGCGGGCGGGCAGCAGGCGCCGCCGGGGGUGGGCCGGCAGCCGCCCCCGCAGCAGCAACAGCAGCAGGGACAGCAGCAGCAGCAGCAGCAACAGCAGGGGCAGCAGCAGCCGCCGCAGCAGCAGCAGGCGCCGGCGCCGCAGCAGCUGUCGCCGGGCGGCGGCUACCCGGGGCCGAAGCUGGGCGCGGCGGGCCCGGGCCCGCAGUACUCG